AUGAAGCAGCAACAUCGAACCGCAGCAGGCGUUGGUUUUCUUUGCUGCCUCACGUUCGCACUGACGUUGGGUGCACCACAGCAGGCUGGUACGAUCGAGAAACACGAUCCCGAUGACAUACGUACGAUCGUGACGGAUCUUCUCGCGACUGGCAUCAGCAUCUAUUUGGACGAGCAUCAAAUCCGUUUCAUUAAAGGCGACACGGAGAACUUGCUGCUGGAGAACUUUCUUUUCGCCACCGAAGAUGGGUUUCUGUUCACACUAAGCACCGAGAAAGCGUUUGACAAAAGCUACAAGCCGAAGGUAGUCUCCUAUUUCGAUCCCAGCGAAGAUGACGCGCAGAAAGUUCUUCUGUCACUGCUGGGCGGAGGACGCAUUAAGACUUUAACAGUUCAAAAAGCGCGAUGA